UUGUUUUAUUUUGUUUUGAUAGAGUUUAGAGUUGGAUUAAAAAUUCAGACGAACAUGGAAGAGAAGAAAUAUGAAGAAAGAAGAUACAUCAUAACUCAGGGUCAGAGAGCCGAAAAGCCAUGGCUUUCGAAGGCCUACCAACAGGUUCUUGAAGCUGAAAGGCUGGGAAUUUCUAGAAAAGUUCCACAGGCUGAAAGGCCUGGAAAUUCAAGUGAAAUUUCCCAAACUGCGUGGCAAGGAACUAGCCAAUCUGUCAGAGUAAGUUCUCUAGAAGACGUGGACCUCAUGACAGAUGAAGAGAUAAAAGCCGCAAAACUAUCGGGCAUCUCUAAAGCCAAAAUCAAAAAACUGACAAAGCAAGGCUACGAUUACAUAGAGGCCAAAAAGGCCGUAAUAAAGGCCAACUUUGUCAAGGUAGCUGAAAGAGCAAAAGGGGAACCGUCGAGGCAUACAAAGGCCAUGGCUAAUCAGCAAAAAUUACCGACCCAAAGCUCAAAAAGGCCGGGGUCAGAUGGCCGACCCGAAAGCCAAUACCAAGGCAAAAGACCAAAAACCGAAAGCGAAGCUACCGCUCUCGUUAAGAUAGCGGCAGUACAUGCAAGAUUCCCGGAAGUGAAUAUGGAACUGGAAAAGCUGGAGGCAGUCCAAAAAUCCAUCUUAGCCGCGUAUGAAGCAAUUCAAGAAGGAGGGCCACAGGUACGCUUCCAGAAAUUCACAUAUAAACCGGGUUUCCUAGAAAUUACUUGUGCAGACUAUACAAGUGCGACGUGGCUAAAGGAAAUUAUUCCAACUCUAAGACCAUGGGAGGGAGCAUCCCUUAAGGCACUGGAGGGGGAAGAAGCAACUAUGUCCCACGUAUGUAUCGUCUUUAUACCAGACGAAGACGGGGAGCGGCUUGAGAUCAAGAGAAUUCUCAAUAGAUUAAGGAUUAGUAACCGCUGCCUGAAAACACAUUUAUGGAAUGUCAUGGAGAGCGAACCUAUGGACAAAGGAGUCUUAUGGACCUUCUCAGUGGACAAAGAUUCAAGAGAAGAGCUUCAUAAACUUGGAAUGUCACCCUUCUUUGGGUUUGGGAAAUUAACUUUCCGACCUAUGUAAAGGAGGACAAAACAUUGCUGCAUAAGCUAGUGGCAAUGUAGCAGGGGGUCAGUGUGGGGGUUCAGGAAGAGAAACAACCAUCUAUAGUACCAUCCAACUCAAAAGGACACUUGUCUAGAAGCAGACUGGCUCUAUCGAGGAAGGCGAGUCUUCUAAACCAGAACCUUUAUGUUGAAGAGAGAAGGAAGUGUCCUGCAGGCAGGGUGCAAAAAAUUAUGAUUUUUUAAAAAACAUUCAAAAAAUCGAUUUUUUUAAUUUUAAUCAGAUUUUUUUUAUUUUAAUC